AUGGAGGGAGCGUCGUUCGACAUCUACCUCAGCACGUACAGGGGCUUCCAGUGCGAUUGCCCUAAGUGCCACACCAUGGUCACGGACCCGGUGACUUGCAGCCAGUGCGGGUCCUAUGGGCACGCAUCUUGCUUGCAGCUGGAGCGCUUCCAGGGCGUCCCAUUCUGCGGCGAGUGCAUGAUGCAGGUCAUCGUCAACUACUCCCAACAGCACGACCAACAGAUGAGGGAGCAGUGGAAACGCUACUACGUGGAGCAGCUGGCGACCUGGAAGACCAGAGCAACACAAGCCUUGGGGCUUUCCACAGCUGUGGGCGCCGCGGUGGGGGGAGCUGCCGUUGCCGUGGCUGGAGCCGCAGUGGGCUUUGCGAACGGCGCAGUGGCAGCAGAAGGCGCGUUGGCUGUCCCCCCGCCCUCGGGUGUCACGGGGCAGUCUGCGCGCGCACCUCCGCCUGGACGGGAACAAGUUCCCCAGACGUCCAACGACUACAUUCCAGAGAUCCUCAAGCAGGUACUCGAGAAAGUCGAGUCCAUUGAGCUGGCUGUGACCCGCACCGACCACGCGUGCACCACAGGGCUGGCAGAGAUGGCUGCGCGUCUUGAUAAGAUCGAGGCGGAGGUUCAGAACUGGAACGACUACUGGAGCCCCGGCACGGAGGACCACAACCUUCAAGUGUCUGGCCAGUGCUCCGGCGGCGCGGAGCAGCCGACUGCGGCUGAGCCAGGGCGCUGGGGAGAGUGCAUCGUCAAGGAUCCCAGACUGCACCAGUACCACCAGGGCUCGCGCCCUUCCAAGACCUGCCCCUGGCGGCCUUCGACACUAGGCCUGUGGGGACUCAAGGAGGAGGGGGAAUCGCAGCUCUGGGAGGAGGCGUCAGGACACAGGAACACAUGCUGCUGGGAGGCACGGGAGACCCGAGUCUGGCCGUACAGGUAUGGCACCAGCGUGCACCGCAGCAUGAAGAAGCUCCACGAUGUUUUGAUGAUGUCUUCUCGUUCUUCGCAGGGUCGGCUGGUGGAGGGUCAGGGGAUGGCGCCCACUACCCUGGACAAGCUCCACCGGGAGAUCCUCAGAGCCACGCUCCGCAAGCCGGGGCGGCGCCCACAGGCCUGUGUCGGGGAAUUCCCGGUGUUGGAGCUCGGGGCGAUCCAAGACCGCCCGGAGCACCUUCGAAAGUGGCGCUACGCGGUGUUCCAGAUUCUGGAGGCCGCAGGGCCAGCAGUGGUCGAGUGGUGGGUGUGGUGUUGGAAGGCGGCCGAAGAGACCCAUUCCAGAUACCUAUCUACUCCCAUCAUGACCAGGGAGGGGAUCACAGUGGGGCCGAGAAACCAGCAGAAAUGGUGCCAGAUAGAGACGUGGAUCAAGCCCCGCCUCUUGGCCUCAUUGCCCCAGCAGCUGAAGAAACAGCUGUCGCAGAGAGGUGUCCAGGGGAUCCGCGACGAGGCCCAGGACAUUCUCUACUUACUCCUGAAGCUCUGCUGCUCCGGAGCGGCGGAUGAGAAGGUGUCGGUGCUUAAACAGCUCACUGACCCUCAGCCCUGUUCCAAGGCAGAGACUGCUUUGAACGAACUCCAGAAGUACUGGGCGGCUGCCCGGAGAUGCCGUCAGCUGGGAAUGGCAAUUCCAGACGAGUCGAGCAAGGAGACCUCCAGCUGGACCGACUCCUUGAAACUCGCCUGGGGGAGCUGCCCGUGCCAGACAGGACAGGGGCCGAAGGGCGUCCCCAUCUGCAGGGUGGAGAAGAGGGCUGGUGAUGACAACAUCGACCUUCUGCCAUUGGGAUGGCUAUGGACGCGUGGCUGCGAGUACGCCAUUGGUUCCUCCUACUUGAAGACGCCCAAGGGCAACAAUGUGGAGCAUCUCGAAGGCGAGGUGGACAGCAAGACGGUCACCCAGAUGGUGAGGAAGUACAAGUGCAUCCCGGACAGGUACUACCAGGACACCUCCGAGCACGUCGGCCCGGACUCCUUCACCGACUGGUUUGAGAAGAAGGCUCGCGCACAGGGAGUUGCGCAUAUGCCACCAGUCGACUACAGGUAUGGCUGGAAUUUGUCCCGCUUCGUUGACCAGGUGCAUUUGCUGCACGCGCUGCUGUUCAUCGGAGUAGCAAUGCUCUUUGCAGCUCCCAACUGCCACCUGUGGGGCGCGAGCGCGAGGGGCCUCGCACCAGAAGUGCGCUCUGCCAUGCGCCAGUCGGAGCUCCCAGUAUUACAGUUCAUUGGAAUGUGCUGCUUCGUGCAGACACUCUUGGACAGGAAAUAUGUACUGGAGAACCCUGCUUUCUCGGACAUAUUCGACUCUGCCGAAUCGCCGCUCAGAUUUCUUUCGGGCCUUGGCAGGUCCAAGAGACGAGUCGAUCAAUGCCAGCGCGGAGCUACGAUUGAAGGCUAUCCGAUACGCAAGGGGACGGAGCUCCAGUCGAACCAGUCGCAGCAGCAUGAUGUGCUGUGCGACGGGUCACAUGCCCACCUGCACCUUCGUGGUUCUGGCCCCGGAGGGUCCAGGACAGCGCAAUCAGCAUCCUACCCGGACGAGUUCUGCGACGACAUCCUCAACGAAGGAGUAUCCCGAAAAGUCGACUCCAUCAGCGCAGCUCUGGACAGCUUGAAGACAGUGGCGGCGCAACGUGGCCACCUGCAUGUUUGGACAAGGCUGGUCGACCCGUGGCUGAACCAACGCGAGCCGCGCUUCGGGAUCCACCACAACAGGCUCCACCACAACAGGAACUACCACCUCAAGCACUACAAGCUGCACCACCACAGGAACCACAGGAAGCACUACCACAGACGGUACCAUAACCAGAGCCUUGGAGUGGCUAGCGUGGACCUCAGCGGCCCGCACGAGGCCACCCCGCAGCCAGGCCAGAAGGUUGGGUCUUCGCCGGCACACUACUUUCUUGUGCUCACGGUGAAGUUUCCGAAGGAGCCGCCUGGUGAGGGUGCGGCAGAAAUUGGCAUGGCCCAGCCGGCGGCUGACUUACCGCCUGGUGCUGCCGACCAGCCUCCGGAUGACAAUGUGAAGGCGUUGUACUACGUGGCCCUACUGGUCAAGAAGAACGAGCUGUGGAUUUUCCAGAGCAUGAUCAUGCAGGCAAUCGUGCCCCUGGAGGUCCUGUUCCUGCUUCGGCGGUGCUGCCAGACGAGACCGUCUUCUGUGGGAGCCACUGGAGGCACUUGGUCAGACACAACAUGCAGCCCAGACCACGCCCCCGUUCAGACGGACACCGAGUCUGACACAGAUUUCGAUGCGGACGAGUGGAUCAGCGGCUCGGGGCUUGUGCACAUCACUGGCCAGUCUCUGGACGAAGAACACGCAGGACCUGAUGGUGGUGAUGACGACUCGCCUGCUACGGAGAAGGCCGUGGCAGCGUUGCCAGAGGAGCAGAACGAAGAGGACGAAGAGCACCCACUUCCCGGAGCAUCAGUCCUCAUGCAGCCUCACCGCCGUAAGAGGUUCAAAGGAAAACGCUCCGUGACGGAGAGGAUGGUCACCGUGAGGGCGCUCCUGACCGGAGCUCACGGCGAGGCGGUCGAUGUGCCUCCCGACGUUGUUCAUGGGUUGUCUACAGAACACGAUGUCAUUCUCAUGGACGGCCCGGGGUCUGUGACAGUCCCAGCUGCCGAAGUACGCAAGACCACUGGGCGUGAAGCUGAGCAGUGGCGCGCUGCCACAGAGAAGGAAUACGUCGAGAAUUUCGUUCAGCGAAAUGUAUACAGGACCGCCACAGAGGCGGACAAGAGACGCCAUGGCCCUCCCUUGCCGAUGAAGCUCGUGUACACGAAGAAGCAGGGAGGCAUCUACAGAGUCCGGGCAGUCGUGUGCGGCAACUUCGAGCGCAACGACCCCAGCCAGGCCCUGUGGACAGCGCAAGCCGAGACGUCCAGCUUGCUCGCCGGAUUACGUAUGGGACUCCUGCGAGGAUGGGACUUCGGCACUCUUGACGUGUCAGGUGCAUUCAUGUACGCGCCGCUCCCUGAGACCGUCCACGUCCUGGUGAAUCCGCCCAAAGCCUUCGUCGAAGCCGGGCUCGUAGCACCCGGAGAAGUGUGGGUCUUACAACGUGCAGUGUACGGCUUGAGGGUCGCACCCAGGGCUUGGGGCAAAGAGCGGGACCGGGUGUUCCGGAAUCUUACUUGGAAGGCUCAGGGCAAAACUUAUUGCCUCGAACAGUGCGCUGAGGACAGUCAGGUGUGGAAGAUAACCGAGAAGGGCGUGAAUGUAGUGCUCGGAUUGCUCAUUGUCUACGUAGACGACUUCUUGCUGGCCUGCCCGCAGGACGAGAUGCGGACGAACUUCAAGGAAGCCCUGGCCAAACACUGGACAAUGAAGCAAGAGGUGAAGCUUGAGGCUGGCACCGAGAUCACGUUUCUUGGCCUCCAGAUCCAGCGGCUCGCCUCAGGUGUUUUCCUGAGUUGGGCAGGAGCUCCGCUGCUGUGGCGCUCGUCGCGCCAGACUGUCAGCUCUCUCAGCACAGCAGAGGCGGAGCUAGGUGCAGCAGCGCUCGCGUGGCAGAUCGUCGAAGGCAUCCGGGCGUUACUCGAGGAAUGGGGUAUCGAGUUGGAGCCAAUCGACCUUCUGCUGGACAACGACGCCGCCCUGGCGAUCGCGGAGCAGGGGUCGAAUUGGCGCACCCGGUACUUCGGGGUCAGGGCUUCCAGGAUCCAGGCGGCGUUCUACCCGACGCUCUUGCAGAGCGGCCUUCAGCAGAAGCCGGAUCUCGAAGGCGCUGGGAAGCCGGCGCUCGCGCCCCAGACGAUCGGCAGGGUGCUGGGGGAGCCGAGGGCCUCUGUGCUGGCCGCCGCGCCCGGGUCGCAGCUGGCCGACGGUGGGGCACCUGGCGCUGACGGCGGGGCACCCGGCAGGAGCGCCCCAGCACCGCCCGCGGCCGGCCGGCGCACGUCGGCCCCCGCCGCCGGGGUGUCCGCUGACGGCGAGGUCUCGGAGAGGCGCCAGCAGGACGAGGAGGCCUUGUGGACGGCCACCAUGGCGGCGCUGGAGGAGCGGGACCGCCAGGAGAAGGUGCGGGCCUUCCUGCGGGAGUACGGCUUCGAGGGCGUGAACACGGCCAGCGGCUGGUUCCGGCCCAG